CUGAACACGUGGGUUGGGCUGUCCCGCGCGGCGGCGGCGCCAGUGGAAACUCGAUUUUGCUGGUGUCCACUGUGAGAAGCGCGCUAGUAAAGGCGAUGGCGCCGGCGGAAGUCCUGAACGGGAAGGUGGUCUCCGCGCAAAUAAGGGAGAAACUGAAGAAUGAAGUCAGUCAAAUGAAGGAGCGGACCCCUGGGUUCACCCCAGGCUUGGCUAUUUUACAGGUCGGCAACAGAGAUGACUCCAAUCUUUAUAUAAAUAUGAAGCUGAAGGCUGCUGAAGAGAUUGGGAUCAGAGCCACUCAUGUCAAGUUACCAAGAACAACCACAGAAUCUGAGGUGUUGAAGUGCAUUACGUCUCUGAAUGAAGACUGCACUGUCCAUGGGUUCAUCGUGCAGCUGCCUUUGGAUUCAGAAAGUCCCAUCAAUACUGAAGCAGUGAUCAACGCCAUUGUCCCUGAGAAGGAUGUGGAUGGAUUGACUAGCAUCAGUGCAGGGAAACUUGCUAGAGGUGAUCUCAAUGACUGCUUCAUCCCUUGUACGCCUAAAGGAUGCUUGGAACUCAUCAAAGAGACAGGAGUGCAGAUUGCCGGCAGGCACGCUGUGGUGGUCGGGCGCAGUAAGAUAGUCGGUGCGCCAAUGCAUGACCUGCUCCUGUGGAACAAUGCUACGGUGACCACCUGCCACUCCAAGACUGCCAAUCUGGAUAAGGAGGUAAACAAAGGUGACAUCUUGGUGGUUGCAACUGGUCAGCCUGAAAUGGUGAAAGGGGAGUGGAUCAAACCUGGGGCAGUUGUCAUCGACUGUGGCAUCAAUUAUGUCCCAGAUGAUACCAAACCAAGCGGGAAGAAGGUCGUGGGUGACGUGGCGUACAACGAGGCCAAAGAGAGGGCGGCCUUCAUCACCCCUGUGCCGGGUGGCGUCGGACCCAUGACGGUGGCCAUGCUGAUGCAGAGUACGGUGGAAAGUGCUAAGCGCUUCCUGGAGAAGCUUCAGCCGGGAAAGUGGAGGAUUCGGUACAACAGCCUCAACCUCAGGACACCUGUGCCAAGUGACAUUGAUAUAUCACGAUCUUGCAAACUGAAGCCCAUUGGGAGCCUGGCUCGAGAAAUUGGUCUGCGCUCGGAAGAGGUGGAAUUGUACGGGGAAACCAAGGCCAAGAUUCUGCUGUCGGCAUUGGAGCGGCUGAAGCACCAGCCCGAUGGAAAAUACGUAGUGGUGACUGGAAUAACUCCCACGCCGCUGGGAGAGGGGAAGAGCACGACCACGAUCGGCCUGGUGCAAGCCCUGGGCGCCCACCUCUCCCAGAACGUCUUUGCGUGUGUGCGCCAGCCCUCCCAGGGCCCCACCUUCGGGAUCAAAGGUGGCGCUGCAGGAGGUGGCUACUCCCAGGUCAUUCCUAUGGAAGAGUUCAAUCUGCACCUCACCGGUGACAUCCACGCCAUCACUGCAGCCAAUAACCUCGUGGCUGCGGCCAUCGAUGCUCGGAUAUUCCAUGAACUGACCCAGACAGACAAGGCUCUCUUUAACCGCUUGGUACCCUCCGUGAAUGGCGUGAGAAAGUUCUCUGAUAUCCAGAUCCGAAGGUUACGGAGACUAGGCAUUGAAAAGACAGACCCCACCACACUGACAGACGAAGAGAUAAACAGAUUUGCGAGACUCGAUAUCGAUCCAGAAACCAUAACUUGGCAAAGAGUGUUGGAUACCAAUGAUAGAUUCCUGAGGAAGAUCACAAUUGGACAGGCUCCAACGGAGAAAGGGCACACACGGACGGCCCAGUUUGACAUCUCGGUAGCCAGUGAAAUCAUGGCUGUCCUCGCUUUGACCAGCUCUCUAGAAGACAUGAGAGAGAGACUGGGCAAAAUGGUGGUAGCAUCGAGCAAGAAAGGGGAGCCCAUUAGUGCCGAAGACCUGGGGGUGAGCGGAGCCCUGACGGUGCUCAUGAAGGACGCCAUCAAGCCCAAUCUCAUGCAGACCUUAGAGGGCACCCCUGUGUUUGUCCACGCUGGGCCGUUUGCCAACAUCGCGCAUGGGAACUCCUCCAUCAUUGCAGACCGGAUCGCACUCAAGCUGGUUGGCCCUGACGGCUUCGUGGUGACCGAAGCAGGAUUCGGAGCAGACAUCGGAAUGGAGAAGUUCUUUAACAUCAAAUGCCGGUGCUCCGGUCUCCGCCCUCACGUGGUGGUACUCGUCGCCACUGUGCGGGCUCUCAAGAUGCAUGGAGGCGGCCCCACGGUCACCGCGGGACUGCCCCUUCCCAAGGACUACACAGAGGAGAACCUGCAGCUGGUGGAAAACGGCUUCUGUAACUUGAGGAAACAGAUAGAGAACGCCAGAAUGUUUGGAGUUCCAGUGGUGGUGGCCAUGAAUGCAUUCAAGACGGAUACAGAGGCCGAGCUGGACCUCGUCGGCCGCCUCGCCAGAGAGCACGGAGCCUUUGACGCCGUGAAAUGCACACACUGGGCGGAAGGGGGCAAGGGCGCCUUGGCGCUGGCGCAGGCCGUGCAGAGAGCGGCGCAGGCGCCCAGCAGCUUCCAGCUCCUCUACGACCUCGAGCUUCCCAUUGAGGAAAAGAUCAGGAUCAUUGCACAGAAGAUCUAUGGGGCCGAUGACAUUGAGUUGCUCCCAGAAGCCCAGCACAAAGCUGAAGUCUACACAAAGCAGGGCUUUGGGAGUCUACCCAUCUGCAUGGCCAAAACACACUUGUCCUUGUCUCACAACCCAGAGCAAAAAGGUGUGCCCACUGGCUUCGUCCUGCCCAUUCGCGACAUCCGUGCCAGCGUCGGGGCUGGCUUUCUGUACCCCUUGGUGGGAACGAUGAGCACAAUGCCUGGACUCCCCACCCGGCCCUGUUUUUACGACAUUGAUCUGGACCCUGAGACGGAGCAGGUGAAUGGGCUGUUCUAAACAGAACAUCCGACCGCAAGAAGUCACUGGGAGAGUUUGGCCGGUGCCCUGCAGGCCCGCCGUGAGUCCAGCAGUGCGGAGGAGUGAGCCUCUGCCUGCCCCGAAGAUCUGGAAUAAGCGGCGCCAGUUUCCCUGGACGCCUUCCUUGAGCCUUAACUCCCAUCCUCAUGUAUAAAUUAACAUAAAUCAUGCACAUGUCUCUUUAUGGUGGUGGUGACGCUCACAGAAUAAAAGGAAAUCAUUUGCUGUC